GCAACCUCGAGCGUCCUAUCGCAGGAAAGCAACCUGUCCUUGGACAUAUUCCACACUAGCCAGGCGCAAAACAACUGGUGACAUGAUAUGUCUUGACCCCUGUACUUAAGUUGCUCUCGAUUAGGGAGUUUGCUCGGCGCUUUCCGAGCUCCGCGCGCCAUAUAGGGAAGGAUGGUCUUCAAGCUUGGUUCGAAGAAGAAGAAGCCUUCAGAUGCACCGGCGACGUCAUCAAACGGCAGUUCAGUAGCAGCGGCAGCGGUGGAGGAGGAGAUUGCGUACCAUGCUGAUGCCGAUGAAAACGGUGGCAUGCUGUGCACCAACGACGAGUUGCUCAAGCAGCAACGCGAGGCCAUCAUGCAGUGGGUCAAGUCGAUGGGGAAGCGGCUGCUGACAGGCAACGUCAACCUCAUCAACACGCCCUUCCCUGUCAACAUCUUUGAGCCGCGGAGCUACCUGGAGAAGCUGGCAGACGUGUGGGUGCACCCGCGGUACCUCACCGCCGCAGCCCAGGCGACUGACCCCGUGGAGCGGAUGAAGCUGGUCACGACCUGGUUCAUCGCAGGGCUGCACCACGCCUUCACCAACUGGCGCAAACCCUUCAACCCCAUCCUGGGCGAGACGUGGCAGGCGGCGCUGUCGGACGGCACCUCCAUGUUCAUGGAGCAGAUCAGCCACCACCCGCCCGUGUCGGCCUUCCACAUGGAGGGGCCGGGCGGCAGCUACCGCUUCCGCGGCCUGUCGCAGCCCACCGUGUCCAUCCAGGUCAAGUACUACGGCUUCAAGACGGUGGCCAAGGGCUUCCGCUACGUGGAGUUCCGGGACGGCACGCGCAUCGAGCUGCACUACCCUCAGUACUACAUUAAGAACGUGGUGUACGGCAGCAGCCGGCCGCGCGCCGAGGUUGAUGGCCAGGCCAUCCUGGUGGAUGUGCGCAACAAGCUAAAAACGGUGAUCAGCUUUGGCGCACUCAAGGGCGCCCGCAGCAAGGUGCUACGCCGCGUGGACGCCGUGCACGGCUUCAUCUACGACUGCCGGCACAACCAGGCAUCGCUGGAGGAGAAGACCAGCACGGCGGACAUGGCGGAGGCGCUGGAGGAGGCUGGGGCGGCGGCGCUGCGGCAGCGCGGCGGCACGGGCGCGGGCGGGCCGGGCGGCGAGGGGCCGGGCAGCGGCGACGCCGACGAGGACGAGUUUGAGUCGGCCAGCGAGAACGAGUACGACCCGGACAAGGAGGAGGGUGACGCCACGGCGGCGCUGGAGCGGGCGGCGGUGGAGGCCGCCGCAGCGGCGGCCGCGGCGGAGGAGGCGGACGCGAUGGCGGCGGUGGAGUCGGCGAACGGCGCGAACGGCGGGUUGCUUGGGCCGGAUGACGCGCGGGACUCGUCGGGAGCGGCUAGCCGGUCGGGCGCCUCGCCGCCGCGGCCGGGUGGCGGGGGCGGGGGAGGCGGCAUGAACAGCGCGCGGGCGUCGCAGAGUGGCGACGGCGCGGGGUUGGGGCCGUCAUCGUCCUCGGGGCUGCCCAAACUGGACGGCAGCGCGCACGGGGGCGGCAAGGCGCAAAGCGGCGGGUCGUUCUUCAGCAUGUCGGCGCUCAACAGCAUGGGCAAGCUGCUGCGGAUAUCGCAGACGCCCUCGCCCAGCAACAUCGACCCCACGCCCAGUGACAAGGAGGGCGUGGCGGUGGCGGCGAUUGAGGGCAGCUGGCUGUCGCACAUCAACAUCGACGGCGCGCGGUACUGGUCCAUCACCAAGGAGGUGCCGGACGCAUGGCGCCCCGUGCCCGACCCGCUGCCCUCCGACUCGCGGUACCGCCAGGACCUGGUGGUGCUGGCUGCCGGCGACAUGAAGGGCGCGCAGGCCGCCAAGGAGGCGCUGGAGAACCGGCAGCGGAACGACAAGAAGCUGCGGGAGGUGGCGCUGGCGUCCAACAGCCGGGGCGGCUAUCGGCACUGAUGACCGGCGGCUGCAGCUGCCGGGCGGGGAGGGGAGGGGGCUUGCCAACAUGGGUGUGGGAAGUGGGGAGGUGGAAAUGACCAGGCAGGCGGCGCCUGCGAGCUGCGGCACAGGGUGGUGGGAACUGAGGGUUGGGGGCUGCGGGCGCAUGGAGAACUAUGAAGAGUCGGUGCAUGGCGACGGUGCACUGCAGAGUGGCAACGCAUGCACGUGGUCGUGGUUGUAGCGUCGGUGGCAGGCGGCGCGCGCAUGAAGUGGUUCGAGAGAGUAGAGGCUCAGCUGAAGUGCAGAGCAGGCUCGGCACACACAGUGCACGGACUGUAGGAAUCCGGUUAGGCGAUAUAUAGGCCUUGUGCUGGGCAUCGAAGCAAGGGUGUACAAAUGAAAUCUUGUCUAGUGAAUUUGGGGCUUGGGGGAUGACGGCAUCUAUCCGCGUUUCCACUUGGGUCCGGAUUUGUUCGAGGGACAGGAUGGAGGUGUAUACAAGGAGCCCUGCUAGCAAGGCGGACGCUGCUGCUUGGUUCGCGUCGUGUGCAAGCAGUCUGAGUUGAGUGGCUAUCUAGGAGCGAGUGUCAGUGACCGAGAGUAGUGGCGUGCGACAAAGCUUUACACACAUACAGACCCAGGCAUGGGGCAUUCGUGGCGUGUAAUUGCACAAGUACGGACCCGAUUUGCCGCCACGCCUACUGAUUGACAACGGUUUGGGUCUUUAGGUGAGCAUCCCCAUGGCCCCACCUCCACCCCAUGGACGUUGCUUGGGAUCAGUAGAGGACUGCACGAGUGGAGGCGGGGUCGUUACAGGCAAGGCAUGCAUGGGGGGCGGUGUGAAGUAAACGCGUCCGCCGCCUAAUCGGCCUCGGCUGCACAAGUUGUACACUUGUACCGUUGCCAACACGAA